AUGAAGAUAACAUUCAGCGGAGCAGAUGACGCAUUUCUGAACAGCAACCAAAUUGAAAUAGAGCCAGAGACAGUGGACAGAGAGUGCUUGGGCACAGUGGACAGGGUGAUUUCGUAUAUUUACAGGACAGAGCCAAGAGCACACAGGAGCUUCUUCAGGCCAGACGCUACGCUUGCACAUGGAACGAUAUGCCUGAUUGAUGAGCAAGACAUUGAGAUGAAAGAGGAUAAGGAGGUGGGGGUGGGGGUGGACAGCCACAUAGUGCUUGUUUCCACGCUGCAUGGAGGAUAG